AAUUUUUAUCAAAAUGGCCGACGUUUUGUGAAAAGUCAGCAAUUCUGUGAAUUUCUGUGAUUUAUUAUUGACGACAAAUAAUAUUAGCCGUUUUGUUAUCCUGAUAAUUGUUAAUGUGAUAGAAAAUUUAAUAAAAAAAAAUAUUGUCUUAGACUUUGGUAUUAAUAUCAAACAUGGCAUGGUCGAUGCCAACUUCGGGUCAAUGGAACCCCGGUAUUGCUAUGACGCCUGAUAUGAGUGGCAUGGGGUCCUAUACGCCGGAGCAGUGGGCGCUCAUGCAACAGCAAAAUUGGCAACAAUGGUCACAAUGGCAACAGCAGUAUGCCCAAUGGCAAAAUCAAUAUGGUGGAGAGUAUGCACAACAGAUGCAAGGAAUGCAGGCAAUGGCUGGAGUUCAACCUGUACCAUCUGGGGCUGUACCACCACCAGUACCACCUCCAGACAAGCCUCCUCCACCACCACCACCACACGAAAAUGAUCAACCCUUGUAUGGCAGUGCAGCAGUAAAGGCAAGCUCUACAGCAUCAUCAGUAAAACCUCACCAAAAUACCCAACAAGGCUACAACAAUGGUAACACCACAACAGGUAACAAUCAAAACUGGUCCUAUACAGCAGAUCCACAUGUAGAGAAGCCGUCCAACCCAGGAGUUAACACAGAGGCCCUCAGGAUGCUCGCAGAGGAGGAGAAACUGUUUGAUAUCCAAUUCCAAAAGUGGGAAGAGGAGAUUGAGAAGUGGAAAAAAGAGAAUGUAAACCAUCCUGACAGGCAAGCAUACAGUGAAUACGAGCAAAAGUUUGAAGCUUGCCGAGCACAGCUGCUGGAACGCCGUCAGCAGAUGAAGAUUAAGAGGGACAAACUUAUGGGCAAUGCACAUCCUGCCUCCAACACCACAAAAACAGGUAAUAAUAAUACAAGCGCCACUCCUCCUACUCAAUUAAAUACAAAUGUUUCUAAUUACACACCUAAUAUGCAAACAAAUAUCCAAUCAAAUGUACAAAAUCAAAAAACUAACGUACAGAGUUACUCAAAUAAGAAUCCAUCUCAAUAUCAGCAGUAUAAUAAGCCAACCAACCAAGGUUAUCAUAGGAAUAACAAUAAUACAGUAGAUCCCCAAGAUAGAUAUGACUCUUAUCAGGAUUUGGAGGCUGACUACAGAUCUGCUCCACCUGUUAACUCCAGUGCUUUUCCUACUAAUAAAAAGGAUAUACGGGAUGCUGAGUAUAGAUCCGCUCCACCUAUGAACUCCAGUGCUUUUCCCACUAGUAAAAAGGAUAUACCAGAGGCUGAGUACAGAUCUGCUCCACCUAUUAAUUCAAGUUUUUUACCUACUAGUAAAUCAUCUAAGGAUAUACCAGGCUUAGAUUUGGUGCCGGAGGUUGACAAAUCUAAUAAACAUGAUAUAAUUGACAUAACUGAUGAUACACAGUCUCAUCAGCAAAGUUCUGCUGCACCGGACUAUUCGAAAAUUUCGAAAGGUAUAAAUAAUAUCCUUGGAGAUGAGAAAAUUAUGAACAUUCUGUCAAUGGUGACAAACCAGAAACCGCCAAAUGCAAAUGAACCUAAUCAAAGUGGACCUUACCAACAAAGUGGGAAUAUGAUGCAGUCAAAUCAGUGGGAUGCAAAUAACACCAAUUACUACAACAAUGAUUACAAUAAUCAACAACAGAAUGCACCUUUUAGGCAGCAGAAUAUGAAUAAUUUUCAAAAUCCCCAGGGGCAAGGGCGAAAUUCUAAAUUUCCUGACCAAGCAUAUCAGAGGUAUGAUGGGAAUUAUGAUGAUAAUAUGAAUACCAGGUAUGGCGAUGCUCAGGGACAAUAUAACAGGCAAAAUCAGUUUGGUAACCAAAAUAUGCCACAAAGGGGACCACCACCACCAUUUAGACCCGAUAUGCCACCCCCAAGACAACUUUUACCAAACUAUCCUCCACCACAAAAUCCUAAUGAUUAUCCUCAUGGUGGUUUUGAAAGAAAGGACAUACAGCAAAAACCUAUGAUUCAACCAGUAAUGCAAAAAUGGGUUGAUGAACCACUGUUUACUCCAUCUAUCAUAGUUGAAUAUGAGCAUAAGCCUCUGAGAUUGAAAGCUCGGGACUUUAUUGAACCUGUUCAUAUGUUCGACUACAACCAUAAGUCAAAAGAUAGUGACAAUGAUUCAAAAAGAGAUUUUGAGAAGGAAGUCGAUGAAUUGUUUUCAAGGAAACCAAGAAACGUAGACCGUGAUGACUGGAGUUCCGAACGAUUGUAUUCUAGAGACUAUGACAGGGGGUCGACAAGAGAUGACUUUAAAGAACGUUCAAAAGUGCCAAAUAGAUUUGAUAAUGAAUUUUACGACAGAAGAGUAGACGAUCGUGAUAGAUUUAAACACCAGGAUUAUGAUCGCAGGGGUGAUGGCAGUGACCGAUUAAGAGACACGGGGUAUGGCAGAGAUAGACCAUUGGACAGAGACGUGGGAAGAGAAAGAGAUUUUGAUAGAGAAAGAGAUAUGGGCCGAGAUUUUGGGCGGGAAAUGGAUUUAAGCAGAGAACGGGAUUUUCGUAGGGAUAGAGAACCUGGGAGGGACAGAGACCUAGGCAGGGACAGAGAAAUGGGAAGGGAUAGGGAUGCGGGUCGAGGUCGGGACUUUGCUAGAGAUAGAGAUGUAGAUAGAGAGAGGGAUUACGGCCGGGAUAGGAAUUCUGUUAGAGAUCCCAUAAGAGAUAGACAAGAUAAGAGAGAUAUGACUUGGAACCGUAGUCGAAGUCGUGAUAAAGAUAGUCGUAAAAGGGGAAACAGCAGAGGAAAUGAUUCAAAUGACAGUUUUGGUUCGAAAAAGACAAAGGACUCGAAGGAAGACCCAGCUCAGAAACCCACGCAUAUAGUCAUGAUUGAUGAUCUGCUAGAAUCUCCUGGACGUGAUAUAAGACCAGCAAAAAUAGUUAUUAUUCUUAGAGGUCCCCCGGGCAGUGGCAAAUCAUACUUGGCUAAAUUGAUAAGAGACAAGGAGGCUGAGCAUGGCGUGACCGUUCGGAUAAUGUCCAUUGAUGAUUACUUUAUGCAAGAAAGCGAAAUCGAAGAAAAAGAUCCCAACACUGGAAAAAUUGUAAAAAAACCUUCACUGAAAUACGAGUAUGACGAGACACUGGAAGAAACUUAUUUGAAUUCCUUAAAAAGAGCUUUUAAAAGAAGUUUGACAGAUGGAUACUUUACAUUUUUAAUAUAUGAUGCUAUAAAUGAUCAAUUAAAGAACUAUGCAGAUAUAUGGAAUCUCUCGAGACAAAGUGGAUUCCAAGUUUACAUAUGCACAAUGGAGAUGGACCCGCAGGCGUGCUUCAAGCGCAACAUCCACAACCGCUCGCUCGAGGAGAUCGAAGUGAUCAUUAGUAGGUUCUUCCCCACGCCCGCGCACCACAUCCAGCUGGACGCCACCACGCUGCUGCAGAACGCCGCCAUCACCGACGUCACCAUGGAGGACAUCGACGACGUCACCAUGGAGGACGCGGACGUCGUAGAGGUCGAUAGUAGUUUUACGUCGAAAUGGGAGAAAAUGGACGACGCGGCCCAACUAGCACGUCUCGACGGCACCAGCAAGCCGCUCCGACCGUCACAGCUCACAAUGGAAGACUACCUACAGUUAGACGACUGGAAACCCAGUGUCGCCAAACCCGGAAAGAAAACUGUACGGUGGGCCGACCUAGAAGAAAGAACACAGCAAGAGAAGAUGCGAGCGAUCGGUUUCGUGGUAGGUCAGACCGACUGGAACCGAAUGACUGACCCCACUAUGGGAUCCAGUGCGCUCACUCAAACUAAAUAUAUCGAGCGAGUUAGACGCUCAUAGACCUUAUUUUUAGUGUUAGAAUUCUAAGAAGCUUUUGGUGUAAUUAACCAAGAUUUUGUUUCAUCUUGGUAUUAUUAUUUAUCCAAAAUUAAGGUUUCAUAAUAAUUUAUAUUUUGUAUUGAGGUUAUGUCACGGUUUAUUAUUUAUUCGAGACACAGUCUAGUUGGUGAAAAUUAACAUUUUAUUAAUAUUUAAAGGUUCUCGUUUCAUAAAAAUUGUUUGUAGCAUACUUUACAAAAUGAAAGUUGUUUAUGGUCUUCAUUUAAACUUUCACGUACAAUAUUCUGCUAAAUAAUAAUUUUAAGUAUAGUAUUAUAGUGAAUACUUAGUUUAGGGAUUCUAGCGUAUAAGAUUUUACAAUAGACAAGUGUCAUCGUAAGAAUAGGUACAAGUUUCUUGGUUUUCGUCUCGCCUUGGCAUCUCCUGUCAAUCUCUUAACAUAGGGCCAUAAUCAUGAUUCGAAUAAACACUUCGUUUAGUACCUAUGAAGUCCAUAUAACAUUGUCUUAAAAUGUAUUGGAUUUCCAGUGUCAGUAGACACUUAUAAAAUGGUCUCCCUAAGUCAUAAUGUUCGUCUUAUGAGAUCAUUCAUUAUCAUUACUUACAUUAUCUAAUUAUAUGUUAGUUUUCCUAGAUAUUUUUUGCUCUUUCUUAAUGUCAUCGAUUCGAAUCGAUAGUGAAAUUGUAAAUAUGUAGCUAUUAGGUGUGGUGUAUUCUACUUGUCUAUGCUUCUUAAUUAGUACUCAUAAUUUCAUGGGACUCAAUAGAGUCGUCUUUUCAGUCUACUUACGGCUGAGUACUGAAACAUAUUUUAUACCAACUCCAAAUAUAUAAAUCAACUCCCACCGGCGGUGUUUCAAUUUUUUUGUUUGAUUACAAUAUGGGGUUAUUCUCAGUGAUAUGUGAGUUAUUCAAGGGUGGACCAAUAAAUUCCUGGAAGGCCGGCAACGCAUCGGUGGUUCCUCUGGUACUGCAAAUGUUCAUGGGCGGCGGUAAUCACUUAACAUCAGGUGACCCGCUUGCUCGUUUGCUCGCUAUUUUUA